AAAACCACCACUAUACCUAUAUCGAAGAUUAACACCCUUCCUAGCAACUAACGUACCACCUGAGUCUUAUGGGACCUGCUACGACGAGCUUUUUUAAAUCACUACAAAAUGAACUCCAAUGCUAGCCUAGUGCUUACCCAGCAAACCCCAUAAAUAUCCCUCAGAGUCCACAACCCUCAACAACUCAACCAUCCCACAUCCCACACCCACAAACACCAUGUCCACCACCAUGCCCACCACCACCACCACCAACAAACCAACCACCCUCGCCCUCGCGCACCUGCAGCCCCUCCUUCAGGAUGGAGCAAUAACCCCCGCCCUCACCGCCCAAUACCACACAUCCGUCACCGGCCCCUGGUCCCAAACCUGCUGGACCCGCGCCGCAGGCUACCUCCUCCCGCAAACCGUGGCCGAGCUCACGCAAGCCCUCGCGAUCCUCAAGCACACCCACGCCCGAUUCGCCCUCCGCUCGACGGGCCACAACCCCAACGCCGGGUUCAGCAGCGCGGACGGAUCGGCGCUCGUCCUGGAUCUCAGCCGGUUUCGGGAGAUGGAGCUCACGGCGGAGGGAGCUGCCCGGGUCGGGGCCGGGUGCACCUGGGGCGAGGUUGGGAUUGCAGGAGGGAUGGGGGCGUUUCCGAAUCUGUAUGGGACGGGGGCGGAUGGGGUCCGGAGUUUCCAGGUUCUGUUGGCAGACGGCAGACUGGUCAAUGCCAACGCCCACGAACACCCCGACCUCUACCGAGCCCUGAAAGGCGGAGGCACCAACUUCGGCAUCGUGACGCGGGUCGACCUCGAGACUCAUCCUCUACGCCCUAUCCAAUAUACCAUCGACCUCUACAGCCCUGAUGAUUAUAUGGAAAUCAAUAAAGCCACGGUGGCCGUCCAGAUGGCUAUGGAGGAGAAUCCGAAGAUAGGACUGUUCACGAACUUCAACGACGGCCGAGCGAUUACCUCCGUGACUACGCGGGUCUCACAUGAUCUGUAUGACCGGGUCUAUCUGUGUUGGACGCAGCUCCGCAAAACGCUGCCCGCUGGCUGUGCGCUGCAUUACACGAUCCAGCCCAUGGGCACGGCGGGCGUGCAGGCGGGAAGCGACCGGGGCGGGAAUAUCAUGGGGCUGGAGGCGGUGCCGCAGUGCUGGUGGGUUUUUACCUCUGAGUGGUCGCAGGAUGCCGAGGAGGAUGUGGAUGCUGCUGCGCACGGGGCGGUGCGGACGAUGGCGGAGAUGGUGGAGGCUCUGGCGAGGAAAGAGGGGGUGUUUCUCGAUUUCAAGUGUAUGAAUUUUGCGGGGGCGGGGCAGAAGGUGCUGGGGAGUUACGGCGCGAAGAAUGUGGUGCGCAUGCAGGCGGUGGCGGAGGAGUAUGAUCCUGAGGGCGUUUGGCAGGGUUUGCUGUUUGGGGGGUUUCUUUUGCGGGAGAGUUGA